AUGAAUAUUCUACCACAACAAUCCGCAGCAACUGUUAAUCCGGACGACGUGACAUCGGCAAUGAGCGCGGCGUUUGCUGAAUUUCUCGCUGAUGAGACCACACCCAUUCCUCAUGUCAUCGAUUCUACAACUGUACGAACUGAAACGACGACUGAUGGUCAUGACAUAUUGAGAGACACUCAUCCACCCACAUCAUACGCAGUUUCGACACGUACAAACAGUGAUUCUCUUGUUGUUGUUGUUGCCGCUACUGCUGACGCACCACCCUCAACAACAACGACACCGACAAAUCUACCGCGUUACAAAUCUCUUCUGAAGAAAUGUUCAUCAAAUAAGACAGGUGGACAACAUUCAACGAUGUCAGCUAGCACAGGGUCCGAUCCGAGUUAUUAUUCAUCAUCUACUAAUCGAAGGAAACGAUCGAUAUCUAAUGAAUACAAGCCAUCAAAACGAUUUCGUCCCAUACAAUCAUCUUCAGGUUCUGCGUCUUCAUCAUCAUCUCAUCAACUGCAGAUCCAAGAAUAUUCAUCAUCUUCGUCCGAUGAUGAUAAUUCUGCACCUACAACUAUAAAUUCUGAUCUUAUCAAUAUGUCGAAUUCAUUAAUACACUCAACUCCUCCACUCUACAGUCAAAUUAAUCGCAUUCCGACACAAGUAGUUGACUCAAGUGAUGAUGAACUUUUUGCACCAUUUAAUCCCUCAAAUUCCUCAUGCUCAUGUUUACAUCAUGCAUCUGCAGUGUCUCAAGUGAACUCUCAUCCAGCUACCCUUCCACCCAUGCCACGUCUUCAUAAUCCGGCUCAACUUCGUCAUCAAUACCGACAACAACUGGCAUCUGAAUUGCAUCGUCAACGUCUGAGUGCAUUUCAAAGCCAUGCACCAUCAUCAUCAGCUAUGCUCACUGCUGAUCAACAUCUUCAUGCGCUGUUGAAUAAUCCCACAACAUCUAAUCACUAUAUUCAUACACAUAUCAAUAUUCAACCGACAGCAGCGUACAAUCUAAAUUCUCAAAUGAAUGCAAGAAUCGAAAAUAAUAACUCAUGGCCGCCAACACCUCUGAUACUUCGUUCAUUUCGCAAUCCACUCUUUUUACAUAACAAUGAGCAUGUUCUCGAGGAACUAUUACGUAUGGAAGAACAGUUAAAUGGUUUGAAUGGUCCGACAAACUCAGGUGCCACUAUCGAACAAAUCAAUUGUCGAACAUUAUCCUACAAAUACACGAAAAGUGCACAUACAUCCGAAGAAAAAUGUACUAUAUGUUUAUCUGAAUACGAUCUGAAUGAAUGUGUGCGUCGUUUACCUUGUAUGCACCUCUUUCACAUCGAAUGUGUAGAUCGAUGUCUAUCGCGAACCAUAAAUAAAAUGUUCGAUCAAAUAUGGACGUAUUUUGUAUGUUUAUUCGAUUAUGUAUUAUGUAUUCUUCGAACUCUACCGCGUGAUCUACGUGGUCUCUAUAAACUCCUUGGACAUUCGUUCUUGAUUCAGUAUUAUAUGUACCGACAGCAAGACUUUCUCGCCAUAUUUCGAAAAAAUGUGAAACGUUAUAAAUCAAAACCAUGUUUUAUACUAGAAGAUACGACACUCUCCUUUCAAGAGGUCGAAGAUCUGACCAAUCAAUUAGCGAAUUUCUUUCUUGCCGAGGGUUAUUCUCAUGGCGAUGUUAUUGCAUUGAUCUUAGAUAAUUCAAUUGAAUAUCCAUGCGUAUGGAUUGGUUUGAGUAAAUUUGGUUGUAUUACUGCAUUGAUCAAUUCAAAUCUACGUGCUACACCAUUACUUCAUUCAAUACGAACAGUAAAUGCAAAAAGUAUUAUCACAUCCAAGCAGAUUCUUCCAGAGAUCGAAAAUGAAUUGAAGGAAUUAAAUAUUAAUAAAGUUUAUCUCUUCGAUCCCAAGUCAAGUUCGACAACGAAUGGCCAUGCGUCGAUAAGUGACAUUGAAACUGUUCAUUUAUAUGACAGUUUGAAACAAUGCUCAACGAAACCCACGAAGCCUAUUCCAUUCGACUUGAAACAACCUGUUUUCUAUAUAUUCACUUCAGGAACUACAGGAUUACCAAAAGCUGCUGUUAUUAAACAUUCGAGAUUUCUACUUGGUGCACUUGGUUUUCUCUCAGCAACCGGGAUUAAUGAUAAAGAUAUUAUGUAUGAUACUCUUCCACUCUAUCAUUCAUUGGGCGGUUGGAUCUGUAUUAGCUACAGUCUUUUGGGUGGUUGUACAACAGUAUUACGUAGAAAAUUCUCCGCUUCCAAUUUCUGGAAAGAUUGUGUCAGAUACAAGUGUACAGGUUUUACUUAUGUCGGCGAACUAUGCCGAUUUUUACUUGCUCAACCACCUGGUGAAUAUGAUCGUAAACAUUCCAUUCGACUUUGUACGGGUAAUGGUCUUCGACAAAAUCUAUGGAGCUCAUUCGUCGACCGAUUCAAUAUCCGAAACGUCUAUGAAUUCUACGCUGCAACGGAAAGCAAUGCAUAUUUUUUCAAUGUCGAUUCACAUCCGGGUGCGUGCGGUUUUUAUUCGUUAAUUGUUCCACGUGCGCUUGGAAGUGUACUUGUACGGUUUGAUCCGACAACAAUGGAACCGAUACGAAACGAAAAGACGAAGAAUUGUAUACAGUGCAAAGCAGGCGAACGCGGACUACUGUUAGGAAUGAUCGGGAAAAGUUUACUACAUGCUUUCGAUGGCUAUGUGAAUAAUCCGUCUGGAACGAGCAAAAAAAUAGUCGAAAAUAUUUACAAACAAGGCGAUCGUGCCUUCAAUACAGGUGAUGUAAUGGUAGCAGAUAAAUAUGGUUAUUUGUACUUUUGCGAUCGAACUGGCGAUACGUUUCGUUGGAAAGGCGAAAAUGUCUCUACUGUGGAAAUCGAAAACAUUCUCAUGGAUAUUCUCAAACAAAAUGAUGUGUUGGUUUUCGGUGUGUCUAUUCCAGACACUGAUGGAAAAGCAGGAAUGGCUGUCGUCCUUGAAAGUACAUCUUCACCGAUCAAUAUGAGUAAACUAGCGAACGAUAUGAAGAAACAUGGUUUACCCUCCUACGCUCGACCGUGUUUCAUUCGUGUGACCAAGCAUAUCGAAAUGACCGGUACAUUUAAAGUGAAAAAAACCGUAUUUCAAGAAGAAGGCUUUGAUCUUGAACGUGUUACCGAGCCAAUCUACUAUUUAAAUCACAAGAAACAAACGUACGAAAGGUUAAUACCUGAAAUCUUUAAUUUAAUCUCAAAAGGCAAACUUCAAUUUUGA